AUGCAAGCGCAGCGUAGAAAACCGUGUUUACAGAGAGAGGACUCUUUUCUCAAAAAGUUCUCGACUCGACGAAAUUCGAGACCAAACGAAACUUCUGACAAUGAAGGCGAAUCACAAAAGUUCCCCAUGCAUUGGCGGCCCCGUAAUCAUGCGCGUAAAUUUGUGUUUCAACAUCAUGGAAGUUUUAUGUUUAAAUGGUUAGGUGUGGUUACCAUUGCUGUGCUUUAUAAUUUGUGGACAUGUAUUGCCAGGGAGGCAUUCCGAGAAAUUCAGGAAAGUUGUCCUGCCGUGUGGUUUUCCUUGGAUGCAGUAAGCGAUGUGAUUUAUAUUUUGGAUAUUGUGGUACAGUUCCGUACAGGAUAUUUAGACCAAGGAUUAAUGGUGUAUGAUUCCAAGAAACUUGCUCGGAAAUAUAUUCAUUCUAAAUAUCUUUAUAUGGAUCUAUUAUGUCUCUUACCUCUGGACUUUUUCCAGUUUUUGAUUGGAAUUCAUCCAAUGGUACGUUUUACUCGCUUUCUUAAAGUGUACAGAUCAUUUAACUUUUUGCACAUGCUGGAAUCUCGAAAUGCCUAUCCGAACCUUAUACGUGUUGCUAAUCUUAGUCAUAUUCUAUUCCUUGGAGCACAUUGGUUUGCAGCAUUUUAUUACCUUAUAUCAGAGGCUGAAGGAUUUCAAGGUGGAUGGUCGUACCCUCAGCCUGUAGGGGAGUACGCCUCAGUUACUAGGAAAUAUCUGGCAUCUUUAUUCUGGUCAACUCUAACUUUAACAACUAUAGGAGAUCUACCACCACCUGAAAGUAAUUGGGAGUAA